AUGAGUAACCAUAGUGAUACAAAUAGUCCAGUAAAAGAAGCAUUUUGGAGAUUUUCUAGAAAAUCUCCAGGUAUAGCAAAACCUGUAAACAAUAUACAUCCAACUAGAUUUGAAAAAUUUAAUGGAAAUAUGAUACCAAAUAGGAAAAAAGAUUAUGAUAGUAGUGUUAUAUUUAAUCAUGGUCAAUUUUCAUCAUCAUCAACCUCACCUUAUUUAUCAACUGUAAAUUCACAAACCCAAAUAACGACAACAAAUAUAGAUAGUAACAAUAAUAACAAUAAUAACAAUAACAAUAAUAACAAUAACAAUAACAAUAAUAAUAAUAAUAACAAUCAAACAACCACCACAACUACAACUACAUCAAAGAUGACAACAUCAUCAUCAGCAUCAAAUUUAAAUACAUUAGAGAAUAAUUUAUCACAUUUAUCAUUAUCAUCAUCAUCAAUAAAUACAUCAGUAAUUGGUCAUAGUAAUAGUAGUACACAUUUAUCAGCAUCGAAUUCAAAUUCAUUAUCAUCAUCAUUAAAUUCAAGUAAUGGUGGUAUUGAUACAUCAUCAUCAUCAUCAUCAUUACAGCAGCAACAGCAACAGCAACAACAACAAAAUAAUAUACAAAAUAUAAAUAGUAAUAGAAUAAAGAAAUUUGAGAAAUUAUUAAAUACAGGUAUACAUGUAGAUAUGGAAAGUUUAAAAACGUUAGGAUGGCGUGGUAUACCAGAUAGAUAUAGACCAAUGUCUUGGAAGAUACUAUUAGGUUAUUUACCCUCAAAUUGUGAAAGAAGAGAUGAACAUUUAGAGAGAAAAAGAAAAGAAUAUCGUGAUGGUUUACCACAAUAUUAUACUUCCGAUGAGAAAAGAGGUGAAUCCGAUAGAAGAACUUUAAAACAAAUUCAAAUGGAUGUACCAAGAACAAAUCCUGGUGUACCAUUUUUUCAACAACCUUUAAUUCAAGAUAUUUUAGAAAGAAUUUUAUAUUUAUGGGGUAUUAGGCAUCCAUCAACAGGAUAUGUUCAAGGUAUUAAUGAUUUAGCAACACCAUUUAUUUGGGUAUUUUUAUCAGAGUAUGUUGAAGAUGUUGCCAAUUGUCAAGUGGAUCAAAUUGAUUCGACCAUAUUGGCAAUGGUUGAAGCAGAUAGUUAUUGGUGUUUAACGAAAUUAUUGGAUGGUAUUCAAGAUCAUUAUACAUUUGCUCAACCUGGUAUACAAAGAAUGUUGGCAAGUUUAAAAGGAUUACUAGAGAAGAUUAACAAUAGUUUAUGUGCCCAUUUGGCCGAUCAAGACGCUCAAUUCAUUACGUUUGCAUUUCGUUGGAUGAAUUGUUUACUCAUGAGAGAGAUACCUUUUCCAUUGGUAAUACGUAUGUGGGAUACUUAUCUAAGUGAAAAGGAGGGAUUUAGUGUUUUUCAUGUUUAUGUUUGUGCCGCUUUCUUGGUUUUAUGGUCUGAUGAAUUGAAGCAAAGAGAUUUCCCUGACAUUAUGAUUUUCCUUCAAAAACCUCCAACUCAAAAUUGGGAAGAACGUGAUAUUGAAAGUUUAUUCUCUACUGCUUUCUAUUAUAGAUCAUUAUAUGAAGAAGCUCAAUCACAUUUAAAAAGUAAUAAUAUAAAUUUAAAUAAUAAUAUUAUUAAAAAGUAA